AUGACUUUUGAAGACAUCGAAGUGCCACAGUUCUCCGAGCAGAAGCCCAUUGUUGUGGAUGCGGCAGUGCGAAAGAACCCCGCAAAGUGGCGCGAGAGGAACAAGAGGCGAGCCCAGAGCCGGAAGGCGUCGCGGCCGCCACAGGGCGGUGCCCAUGCCCGCUCCACCACAGAGCCCAGCUGGGAAGUGCAGCAGACGGUGCCUACCCCAGAGGUUGCAGACCUGAAAAAGCAAGAUCUCCAGAAAGACCAUGAGAAGGAAUGUGAAGAUGCUCCUGAAGAUGAGUCUUAUACGCAGAAGCCGCAGGGAAAGACCAUGCCUGGCGGAUACUACGUCCGGAGCCUCGAGGAGGUGCACAUGAGCACAAUGCGCGCUUUGAACGUGCGUCUCACCAAGCCCUACCAGCGCACGGCGGCGAGUUGUGAGGAGGAGGACCUCCCACCACUUGAGCCUGAAGAAAUGGGGGAGGUGCAGGCACCGAGCCCGGGACGGGUAGUGCGCGAGGCGGCGAAGCGUGCGCAGGCAGCUGUCCGCGAGGCGCAAAAGCAGCGGCGGCAGGACGAAGAGGAGGAGCGCCGGCGCGAGGCCGAGCGCCGCCUGGAGCGUCGCCGCCUUGAGCUGAAGAUACGCAAGCUGAAAGAGGAGCAGGAGGUGAAAGAGGCGCAGGAGGAAGCUCGGCGAAAGGAGUGGGAACUCCAGCAGCUGGCUGAACAGGAGGCAGGCAAGAAUGCUCCAAGAGCUGGCAACAGUGAGCCCAGCGAGAACGGAGGAAAGGACGACGAUGCUCAGAAGGAGCUUCGCCGCCAACGCCGUGCACAGCGAGACGCUGAGGAGGACGCCAAGCUCCGUGAGGCGCGGCGGCGCCGCCGUGCCGAAGAGGAGGCGGCGAAGAAGGAACUCGAGGAGGCCCAGCGUGCUGCUGAGGAGGAAAAGAGGCAGAAAGAGAAAGAGCGCAAGGAACGCGAGAAGCGCGAGCGGAAGGAGCGGGAGAAGGCUGAGGCAGCGGCUGAGGCUCAGCGACGACAGGAGGACGAAGCGAGACGCGCGGCUGACGAGCAAAGGCGGCGGGAGGAAGCCGAGCAUCGUGAGGCCUUGUUGGUGGCUGCACGGCAGAAGGAAACAGCGGAGGAGACGCUUCGCCGUCAACAGAUGGAGAUGGAAGAGCGGAGACGGCGAGCGGAGCAAAGGAGGAAAGAGAUCAAGGAGAAGGCAGAGCGUGCCAAGAAAGCCGCAGCUGCGGGGCUCCCGCCCUCUGCAGCGGCUGCGCUCGCAGCAGAGGCUGUCGCAAGGGACGCGAAGCCGCCCACGGCGCAUGUCACGGUGGCUGUUCUUGGCCACCAUGGUGCUGGGAAGUCCAUGCUGGUGGGGGCGCUGCUUCUUGCGACGGGUGCGGUGAGUGAGCGCGACCUGGCCAAGCGCCGGAAGGAGGCGGAGCGCCUGAAGGAUGAGUCGCAGCGUGAGGACGGCCUUCGGACCCCCAAGGGCGCCGAGCUGGCGUUGCUCGAUGUGCCAGGAGGCCGCCGGUCCCUGCCGCAGGCAGUGGCAGCUGCGGCAGAGGCCGACGUGGCCCUGCUGGUGGUGUCUGCCAAGGGCCGGGAGCUGGAGGCGGCGCUGAAGGAGGCCGGAGGUGGCCCCUCGACGCUGGCGGAGCAGCUGCGGGCCGCGCGUGGCCUCGGCACCGCCGCCAAGGAUGGACGUCUGGCUGUUGCCGUGACAAAGAUGGACGAAGUUAGCUGGGCACAGGAUCGCUUCGACGAGGUGAUUGCCACGCUGACUCCGGUUCUGACGAAUGCAGGUUUCAGCCAGGCGGCCACAGUAUUUGUUCCAGUGGAUGGCCUCACGAACCAAGUGGAUGGCAGGAAGGCCUCCUGGCACACGGGCAGUUCACUCCUCCAAUGCCUGGACGACAUGGCCAGCAGCUCUGUGCCACGGCCGGGCGCGCUGCAGGUUCUGGUCUUCGAGUCCACGCCUGCUGCGAAGGGCGCGGUGCGCGUGCGAGGGCGCGUGGAACAAGGCACGCUGCGGCCGGGCGAGCGCUGCCUCUUGGCGCCUGGCUCUGCUCCGUGCACCGUGGAGGUGCUCCGCAUGGCUGCAUCUCGCAACGUGGUGGAUUUGCAGGAGGCCAAGAGUGGGCAGAAUGUGGAGCUUCAACUCUCGGGUGGACCUUUCCCUGACUGGCCAGCAGUGGGAAGUGCUUCGACCAUCGGCUGGUGUGGCGCAGUACUGGGCUCCGCUGAGUCGCCUGUAGAGGUAUCGGAGACGGUCAAGGCCUACUUGGAGGUCUUGGAGCUGCCACGGCCAAUGACUGCUGGCUUCAAGGCGGUCUUGCAUGUGCAUGCUGCGACGGUGGAUGCCGAGAUUGAAGAGAUCCUGGAUGCCACAGAUUGGGCGACCGGGGUGACAACGGAAAGACCGAAGAUUGUCAAGGCGGGACAGCGGCUGACUGUCGUGCUGAAGUUCUCCCGGCAGGUGCCCGUUUGCAGCGUCUCCGAUGCCCACUGCAGCCGCCUGGGCCUCUUGAUGCUCCGCCUGGAGGAGACGACCGUGGCUGUCGGCCACGUCCUUGAGGUGAGGUGA